UCCCUGUCGCGCAUGCGCACCUCAACGCCACGGACAAGCACGGCCAAGGGAGGCAAAAACCAGAAGGGGACCGGGGAAGAAAGCAAAAGAAGACAAGUCAGGGGGUGGAAAACACCAAAAAAAGAGGAAAAAGGAAGGUGCGGCGCCACAUUCCGAAGAUCCUGACAGGCGGAUCGUGAUUCGUUCACACCAUUUACCGGACCCCACCCGCCAUGGUGGAACCCAUAUGUGCCACCGGCGUGGCGGCGCAGCUGCGUAGUCAACGAGACAGGCAGGAAGGUCUGGGCCAGAACGACAACGCCGUCAAGUUCCUGGGUCAGGACUAUGAGUCAUUGCGUGCGCGAAGCCUCCAGAGCGGGAAGCUCUUUGAGGACCCCUACUUCCCCUGCGCUGCCUCCUCUCUGGGCUUCAACGAGCUCGGACCCAGGUCGUCCAAGACCUACGGCGUGCGCUGGAUGAGGCCCACGGAACUGUGCAAGCGUCCCGCCUUCAUCGUGGACGGAGCGACCCGAACUGACAUCUGCCAGGGAGCUCUGGGGGACUGCUGGCUGCUGGCAGCCAUCGCUUCGCUGACCUUAAACAACAACCUCCUGCACCGGGUGGUCCCGCACGGACAGGGUUUUGAGCAGGGCUACGCAGGAAUCUUCCACUUUCAGUUCUGGCAGUUCGGCGAGUGGGUGGAGGUGGUGAUCGAUGACCGUCUGCCGGUCAAGGACGGCAAGCUGCUCUUUGUCCACUCUGCAGAAGGUGGAGAAUUCUGGAGUGCGCUGAUAGAGAAGGCCUACGCCAAGUUGAACGGUUGCUACGAGGCGCUGUCGGGAGGCAGCACCUCCGAAGGCUUCGAGGAUUUCACCGGCGGCGUGACGGAAAUGUUCGAGCUGAACAAGGCGCCCUCUGACCUCUUCAGCAUCAUGGGCCGCGCCAUCGAGAGAGGCUCGCUGCUGGGCUGCUCCAUCGAUAUCACCAGCACUAGAGAUAUGGAGGCGGUCACCUUCAAGAAGCUGGUCAAGGGACACGCUUACUCCGUGACAGGCUUGGACGAGGUGGUCUACCGCGGAAACCUAACCAAGCUGGUCCGUAUCCGGAACCCGUGGGGGGAGGUGGAGUGGACCGGCGCUUGGAGCGACAAUUCUCGCGAAUGGGACAACGUGGACCGCGGGGUCCGCUCCCGGCUGCAAAACCGUAGCGAGGACGGUGAAUUCUGGAUGUCCUUCAGCGACUUCCUGCGCGAGUUCAGCCGUCUGGAAAUCUGCAACCUGACCGCAGACGCGCUCCAGCACAGCCAAAUGAAGACCUGGAGCUCGUCGCUUUACCCGGGCGAAUGGAGACGGGGCAGCACGGCCGGAGGAUGCCGAAACUAUCCGGCGACCUUUUGGCUGAACCCUCAAUUCAAGUUGCUGCUGCAGCAUCCCGACUCGCCCGGCGCAUCGGACUGCAGCUUCUUGGUGGCACUCAUGCAAAAGGACCGCAGGAAGAAGAGGCGGGAAGGCAAAGACAUGGAGACCAUUGGCUUCGCCGUCUACGAGGUUCCCAGCGAGGCUAAAGGGCAGACGGGAGUCCACUUGAAGCAGAACUUCUUCCUCACGCACGCUUCCAGCGCUCGCUCGGAACUCUUCAUCAACUUAAGGGAAGUCAGCUCCCGUUUACGUCUUCCGGCCGGCGAGUACGUCAUCGUGCCGUCCACCUUCGAGCCCCACAAGGAGGCGGAUUUCGUUCUGCGCGUUUUCUCCGAGAAGCCCGCCGACUCAGAGGAGCUGGAUGACGACGUGGUGGCCGAUCUUCCCAGCGAGAACUAUUUGGACGAGAGUCAGAUCGAGGCGGGCUUCAAGAGUCUCUUCCGCCAGUUGGCUGGUGCGGACAUGGAAAUCAGCAUCAACGAGCUGCAGACCAUCCUGAACCGCAUCAUCAGCAAGCACAAAGACCUGAAGACGGACGGCUUCACCAAGGAGGCGUGUCGUAGCAUGAUUAACCUCAUGGAUACGGACGGCAGCGGGAAGCUGGGCCUAGUGGAGUUCCACGUGCUGUGGGAGAAGAUUAAACGCUACCUGACCAUUUUUAGAAACUACGACCUGGACAAGUCUGGCAGCAUGAGUUCUUACGAGAUGAGGAUGGCGCUGGAGUCGGCAGGCUUCAAGCUGACCAAUCACCUGUUCCAGCUCAUCAUCCUGCGCUACACCGAGGAAGACAUGGCCGUGGACUUUGACAACUUUGUGACGUGCCUGGUGCGCCUGGAGUCCAUGUUCAAAACCUUCAAGGUCAUGGACACGGACGCCGACGGCGUCAUCUCGCUCAACUUCUCUCAGUGGCUCUCCCUGACCAUGUUCGCCUAGAUGGCGGCGAGUGGCGCCUUCUCAAGCUGCGACCUCAUCGCCGCAACCAAUUGUUACGGAGCAGAGGUGUCCACCUCCUUUUAGUUCGGCUUUCACCUUAAAUGACUGUGAAAACCACGCAAACAUAUCGUCACCUCAUCACGUUACUUACAAUCACCUCUGCAAUUAGUCGCCAAAAGUUAGGGCUGACUUCAGAAUGACCCUUAAAUGCGCUCUGAUCUUAAAAGUACCUUAUCUAAACUUUUACACGUCUAACAACUUGAUAUUUCUCUUAAAGGAGAAGUUCAGAAUUUCGACUUAUCCGGGUUUUAAUUAGUCGUUGGAGUUGAUUUCAACAAAUUUGUGCAGUUUGUUAGUUUUAGGGCUCUGGAGUGGCUAAGCUAGCGCGAGUCAGUGGUCCCGUCUUAGCAUGGCAAUGAAAAACAACAUAAUUUUGUCUAGUUUUAGUCGAUGUUUGUGUUGGAAUUUGACCUUUAAGACAGACUGCUGGAAUCCCGUCAUUCAAACUGCCGGAACCGCGCUUGCGGCACAAUCAGACAACCUGGCCAAAAGGCCAAACUCCGCACGCUCACCUUAGUUGAAACAAAUUUGCGCAGUUUGUUAGUUAUUUAUUAGUUUCAGGGCUCCAGAGUGGCUAAGAUAGCCUGAGUCAAUGAUCCCGUUUUAGCGUGCCAAUAAAAAACAACAAAUGCGCGCAUGUAAAUCACCGAUGACCCUUGCAAUCGUUGGCCAGUGUUGUUUUUGCCAGCCCUUUUAAUUUUCGUCUUAGUCUUCUGGACGAUAACAUUUAUUAGUCUUCGUCAUCUCAAAAUGUGUCUUCGUCUAGUUUUUGUUGACGAAAACUCGACUAAUUUUGUCUAGUUUUAAGCCAGAUUGCCGGAAUCACGCCAUUCAAACCGCCGGAACCGCGCUAGCGCAAUUUCAACAACUUGGGCCGGCACAAUCCGACAACCUGGCCAAAAGGCCAAACUUUUUUCACCUUAGUUAUUUUUUAAAAUUUUUUUAAUGUUUUUUAAACCUGUCCUAUUCAGCUGUUUGACACAGAGAAUGGAAGUCGAAGUGUCUGGUUGCUCUGAACAGUUUUAAUUUUUCACAUUAAGAGUAUGACAUUCUCCCAUUGUGAUCAUGCAACAUACCUCGUUUAUUAUGACAAAGAAGCGAACAGGAAGGGGUUAUGGGGGAACACAAGAAAAGAAACACAAACAACAACAAGGAAUACAUUUGAAUGCCUACCUUAACUAUGAAUAUGUUGGUGCUAUUGUCAGCCAAAUGUAUUUCCGGUUGACACCAUGUGGGGUCCUGUUGACCAGGGAAAGAAGGGGAGGAGGGUGGGGGGAGUCUAUAAGACAAGUGUUUAAGAGGGGUGGAAUGUACACAAUCAGCUCUGUGAUCUAGAAACCAGUAACUGUGUGAAUCACUUGUGAGUGUAAGUGCGUCGGCAACUGAUCCUGCGCCUCAAAAGUGAGAUAAUUUGCCGGAUGACACGAAAUUACAUCUGUUAUAAGCGUUCAUUAAUGCUCAUGACAGUGUUGUGUGUUAAUUAUGAUGGUCUUAUGACAGUCUUACGGUGCCACUGUCAUAUAAAGUGUUGCCAAAUAUCAAUUAAUGAAACAACUGGAACAGUAACUGAAGAAAUAAGUAACACAGAACAUGAAUUUUGAUUGUUUACAUCUGUAGCGCUGCAAUGCAUGUUAGGAGGCAUGUUGGAGGACAACAGUGUUGACAGCAGGUGGCAGCAGAGGUUGACUGUCUCCCCCAAAGGGAGCAGUGAUGGCCAAAUGAAGCUUUUUAAAACAAUGAAUCGUUGCAGUCAAUUGGUUCAAGGCUUCAUGGUGGUUCAUUUGGUCUUCUGGCAGUCUCAUGAUGCCGCUGGUUAAUAUCUUUUGGUGUAAAUAUCCCAUAAUACAUUGAGGACAGCUGCGGCUUCUAGUCCGGUGCGGCUUAUCUAUGAACAAAUGCUGUUUUUGUGUCAAAUUCGUGGGGUGGCGGCUUAUUGUCUGGUGCGCCUUACAGUGCAAAAAUCAUGGUAGUGCUGGUGAAAGUAAUACAGACCCCUCAAGAUGUAAAAGGGGUGUCAUUCAACUAGUUGUCAGUCAACAUUUCAUCUAAAAUGUUAUGAAAAUAUUUUGUAAAGGUUGAAAAGUUACCUGGUGUUGCUUUAACAUUGUUUUUUAUUGGCAUGCUAAUGCAGGACCAUUGACUCGCGCUAGCUUAGCCGCUCCGGAGCCCUGAAACGAAUAAAUAACUAACAAACUGCACGGAAUUUGUUGAAAUCCAACUGAUUAAACCACCGCUAACUCGAAGAUGAACCUAAACGGCAUGAAUUCAUGUAAAAAUGAUCCCGUUUUGACCAUCCGCGUGCCUUCUGCGAGACUUCAGUUCUCGCUAACAGCCUACCGAAAGCGCUUUUCGACACAAUCAAAUUAGAAGUUACCUGUUAAAGUGAGAGUGGAUUUACGGGUCAUCCUAAUUAUUGUUCCGCCAAAUCCUUUGUUUUUCAGUAUUGUUCAAGCCAAUUUGAAAAUGGUGUCAAAAAAAUGAUGUCAUAUAUUUUUAAAGGGAAGCUCUUUUGUUACCGAUUGUUAGCCAAAAUCAAAAGAACUGGCUAAGCUAGAAACAUCAUCUUUGCUUUAGCCGGCCGUGCAAAAUGGGCCCAGGUUUUGCCACUUUGCCAAUGUUAACCUUUUUCUACUCAAGUGCCAUCGACAAAUCAUGGCUACAGGCCUUUGCUGUUUCUUGUGCCAAUUUUGCGGGGCUCUUGACCUCAACAAUAUGCAUGUGUAUGUUUUUUAAUGGUGGGAAUAAAAUCAAACACUUUUGUAGCUCUGAA